CAAGCUGUUCUGUCCCACAGCAAGCUCACCUACACCCCGGGAAGGUCUGCUGCUCCAUGGAGGACCCUGUGAUCCGCAUACCCCCCUACCACUAUGUCCAUGUGUUGGACCUCAACAGCAACGUCACCCGUGUGGAGGUUGGGCCCCACACCUACAUCCGGCAGGAUCACGAGAGGGUGGUGUUCACCCCCAGGCGCAUGGUGAUGGUGCCCCCCCGGCACUACUGCGUGGUGCUCAACCCUGUGGCCCGGGGCCCUACGGGGGCCGUGCUGGUCGAUGGAGUGGGGCAGGCCCGACUGCGGCAUGCUGACCUCGAUAUCCGCCUGGCCCAGGAGCCCUUCCCCCUAUAUCCUGGCGAGGAGAUCCAGCAGGGCGUCACCCCACUGCAGGUGGUGCUGGCUGACACUGCCCUGCGCCUGCGGGCCCUGCUUGACUUCAAGGAUGAGGAUGGGAACAAGUUUGUGGCAGGAGACGAGUGGCUCUUCGAGGGUCCUGGCACCUACAUCCCCCGCAAGGAGGUGGAGGUGGCCGAGACGCUGCAGGCCACUGUCAUUGGGCACAACCAGGCCAUCCACCUGCGAGCACGCAAGGAGUGCCUCGACCGCUAUGGCACCCGCCGCGUCACAGGUGAGGAGUGGCUGGUGAAGCAGGUGGGUGCCUACCUGCCCGGUGUCUACGAGGAGGUGGUGGAUGUUGUGGAUGCCUACAUCCUCACAGACAAGAAAGCCCUACACCUGCGGGCAACACGGACCUUUGAGGAUGAGGAGGGCCAGGUGCGGCGCACGGGUGAGGAGUGGCUGGUGACCCAGGCACAGAGCGAGGCCUACAUCCCGGAGGUGUUCGAGGAGGUGGUGGCCGAAGUGGCGGUGACAACGCUGGGCCCCCGGCAGUACUGUGUGGUGCUCGACCCUGUGGGGCCCAAUGGGCAGCCCCAGCUGGGCCAGCAGUGUGUUGUCAAGGGGGAGAAAUCCUUCUUUCUGCAGCCGGGUGAGCGACUCCAGGCUGGCAUCCAAGAUGUCUAUGUGCUCUCUGAGGAUGAGGGGCUGCUGCUCCAGGCGCUCCAGACCAUCAAGGACACCAAUGAGGGGACGGAGGUGAUGCGGCGCGCGGGUGACCGCUGGCUGGCCCGGGGCCCCCUCGAGUACGUGCCACCAGCUGAGGUGGCCGUGUUGGAGCGACGCCGGGCUGUGGCCCUUGCUGACAAUGAGGGCAUCUACGUGCGUGACAUCCGCACUGGCAAGGUGCAGGUGGUGACGGGCCAGACCUACAUGCUGACGGAGGCCGAGGAGCUGUGGGAGAAGGAGCCGCCCCCCGGGGGCGAGGCGCUCCCGGAUGUUGGGGUCCCUCAGCGUGAUCGCACCCGCGCUGUCACCUACCAGGUGCCCCACAAUGCCGCCGUGCAGGUCUACGACUACCGGGAGCGGCGGGGGCGGGGGGGGGUGGUGCUGGGCCCCGAGCUGGUGGUGCUGGGCCCUGGGGAGUUUUUUUUUCCCGGGGGGCCCGCCCCCCGCCCCCCCCCCCCCCGCCGCAGCCUCUGCCUCCGCCUCGGCCCUGACUUCUGCACUGACAUCGUCACCAUCGAGACGGCCGACCACGCCCGCCUCCAGCUCCAGCUGGCCUACAACUG